AUGAGGACAUCGAUACGGUUGAUAUGCAUUUCUAUACUUUUCCUGCAUCUACCACAAGGAAAAAAGACGGGUAAAAGCCGGGGCUCAGGCUCCGGCUCGAGAAGUUCGUCGAGGGGGAAAACAGCACCUCAACCGGUACCUACUUCGUUCAGCAACCCUCAGCCCUCAGCUCCGAAACCAUCGCUCUUCGGUUGGCAAGAAAAACCUGCUCAGCGCAAGACACAGACACAGAGGCAACAAUCUACGCCGACGGGUAGUAAAACCCAUUCGUAUCCGUCGAGUCAGACCGGUCUUUCUGGUGGAAACACGCAACCAAAGCAGGCAACCAGCUCUCAAGCCCAAUCAGCUAACAACAAGCCCAGCUAUCCUGCUGGCAAUGGUUUAUCAGGCAGCGGGGGACAGUCUCCAGCAAACGGAAUGUCAGGCAAUAGUGGGCAUGGUUAUCCCGCACAAGAAAGUAUUCAAAGGAGCAACGCACCGCAACAAGCUAAUAAGCCACCUGGUAAUGGCUAUCCGGCUAGUACUGGGCUAUCAGGUAAUGGCGGCUACCCUCCAUCGAACGGUCUUUCUGGCAACAGCCCAUCGUCAGCAGGCCACGGUUACCCGCCAGCACAAGGGAGUGGGCAUGCUUCUGGACAAGCUCCUCCACCUUACUCAGCGGCUGGCGGUGCGCAGUACCCUGGUUCCGGCGUAGCUCCUCCCCCAUACCAGGCUGCACCCCCUCCGUAUUCUGGAUACAAGCCCGGAGGAAACUAUGGAACUAACAAUUACGGUAACAAUUACCACCCACAGGCUCCACCGCCUGCAUAUUCGAAUCCAGGCGCACACUCUGGUGGUUACGGCGGCGGUUAUGGUGGCUAUGGGGGCCCUGGAUUCAACGGCGGAUACGGAUCUCAAAUGCCUGGUUACUUCGGAAAUAGAGGUUUCGGCGGUGGAAGUCGCACUAGCACUGCACUCAAAGGUGUUGAGGGCAACCAGUGGCUGUUGCACCAAGUAAUAGUACAGAGCCCGUGGUAG